CCCCGACAUGCUUCGGCAAAAAUCGGAUACAGUCAAGCUUGAGUUGCUCCAUGUGCGUGUACCGAAAGCAACAUCUGUGCCGUGAGUACCCUCGGUUUGCGGCCUACUGAAACUAUGGAGGAUUCAAACAACAAUGCAUGUCGUUUACACAGCCAAACUUCGACGAUAAAAAAGGGCGGAAUGAACAAACAAAUGAGCGUCCGCUGGUGCGAGCCUACCUACGAUGGGACCUACGAAAGAACACACGCGUUUGAGCUGCUUGACAGAUUCAGGAGCGCACGUCCACUUCGGCCCUCGCUCUGCUCGGCGUUCGCUAGGCGCCCUGCUCUCCUUUUGCUGGUUCAGGACGAACAACUCCAAUAGGCAACCCCCACGUUUACACUGGACGAGCUUGUCUAUGUCUGCAAGGCGGGGAACUUGUCUGCCACGCCGGCUACCUCCACGAAUGCCCGAACAUUACCCCCGGUCCUUUCUCUCAUGCAGCGAACGUCAACUCUUGCCGUCGGUUGCCGGCAUGCGCUGCAGCAUUCCUCAGAAAUC